AUGUGACGAUAUGGAUUGACCAGCGGUUUACAAAGCAUCAUGGGACUCAAACAGUAACAACAAAGGAACAAAACACUUCGAUUAGGUUUUUAAUAUUGGUGCUAUAUACUCUACAUUUUUAAGCGAAGACAUGCUUACCGUAGCGAUGAUAAAGUAAAAUAGUUCUCAAAGUCGUUGAUGUCUGUCGUCGGAAUGUGUAUAUCUGUAAUUUAAUCGCUUUCACUUAUAAACGUUUAUUUGGCAGCUUUAUAAAGGAAAGAAGACAUGCUUUCUCAUUUAUUUAUAUUUUCGAAUUUCACCUGAUACUUACUUUUUCUUUUGUGUACAGUCUCCUGCAAGAUGUUUUGAUCAAUAUUAGAAGGGAAUAGGCAUUGUAUUGGCCAUGGAGAGCUCACACGUGGAGGUAUCCAGCUCGAGCACGCAGUCAGUCCAGGAUCCUGCUGCAGAAAUGUCAUCCUCACAAGAGAAGGACUCUCAGUCCAGCAAAGCUGGCACAUCUCAGAGAAAGACUACACCUGCUAAAGAAAAGGAACAUUUAAAAAGAAAAGCAGAUUCUCUUAAGGAUGAAAACGGCAAGAAGAAAAAGACAAGAAAGGUCCAACGCACUGUCAGACCAAAUUACACCGUCCAGGAGGGAGAGGACAUGCUUUUAAUUAUAUCAAAUAUAAGCAGUGGUGACAGUGUAUGGAAGCCCAAACGGAAGCGAUGUAAGAAAAGGAAGAUUGAUGCAAAGGGCAAAAGCAAGAUUGUGCCUGUCAAAACAAAAAAAGCACCUGUAAAAAACAAAGUUGUUAAAGUCACAGAGGAAGCUCUUGACAAAAGUGUGGAUUUGGACAGUGUGCUUGUUGAUAGUUAUGACCACUGGGGUCAGAGCUUGCCAAUAGAGGUGCUGGUGAAAAUUUUUCAGUUUGCGGUUCUACAGGAUGGAGCUGUACCUUUUCUUUGCAGGGUCGGCAGAGUUUGCCGUCUUUGGAACAGAGCUGGAUCUUCUCCAAUCCUGUGGCGCAGUGUGUCAAUUGGCUACUGCUGGAUUGAACCUGGUAAGAGUCAGUUACCUGGGACAGAACAGAAGAUUAGGAACACUAUAGACUGGCUAGCUCAAAACAGAUUCUCUCAGCUAAAGGACUUCUCCCUUUGCCAUUGGAAAAAACAUGUUGAUUAUGUUAUUCAGAGAGUUGCACAAUCCUGCCCCAGUCUUAAUUCUCUAAAGUUAUCUUACUGCAUGGGAGUGACAGAGAAAGUAUUCCAAAGCCUUGGCCCUGACUGUCGUUUAUUGGAGAAUAUAAAUGUGCAACAUUCAGAGUUUCAUGUUGAUGGCCUGGUGUCCUUCCUUGAGAUGCAUGGCAGCCAAAUAAAGAGCAUUUAUUUCACACACAGCUCCAAAAGUGACCGACUUCUCAGCGUUUUGUCUAAAGGUUGCUGUCCUGAGCUCAGACUGCUGGAGAUCAAUACUAAAAUAGAUGGUGGAUACUGCCAGCUUCCCAUCUGCAUUCAGGCUUUGCAGAUUGGAUGCCCUAAACUGCAGACUUUUAGAAUGAUGAAUGUAACUCCAGUUCCUAAAAUGAUCCGCAACACGCCCAGUUCAACAUCUGGGUUCCCCAUGCUAGAGGAGCUAUGCAUUGCCACUUCCUCUCACUCCUUCAUGACUGACAGUGACCUGAACAAUGUGCUCCAUGGCUCCCCCAACCUGCGAGUGCUGGAUCUGCGUGGCGGUUCCCGCAUUACAGCCACUGGCCUGUAUGCUCUGCCUUGUGAAAGACUGGAGUGUCUAUAUUGGGGCCUGUACUUCAACAGCAACACAAUGGUGGCAUCCAAGAAAGGUAUACAUAUGCUAGCCCAGAAGUGGAGCAACACAAUCAGGGAGCUUGAUUUGACCAACCAGCCUUUUUCAGAGGAAGACAUUGAGAUUGCCAUUGGACAUCUAACACAUGGGGCUGGAGUUGACUCUUUUCGCUCUUUGAAUCUCAGUGGGACUAAAAUCACUUCAUCUGCACUCAGGUUACUGAUAAGCCAGUCACCAGCUCUGAAGUACUUGAAUCUGUCAUCCUGCCGGUAUCUACCUAGAGGAUUUAAACGGCUGUAUCAUGGUCAAGAAGACAUACAGAUGCUCCUCGAUAAAUUAAGCUGAACAUGUAUGUAUUAGAGUGAAUUUUAAGUAAAGUUUCUUAAUAUGUGUCUGCCUUUACUGACCUACUCAGCAACUAUGCAUCUCAUACUUUGUGAAAAUGUUAUGAAUUUAUAAUAAUUGUAAACAAGCCACAUUUAAGGAAAUCCCUAUCUUUAGAAAGAGACAAAUUACUAACCUAAUAAAAUGACUGAUUGCAGAUGUGUGUUUAUUUGAAAUGUAUUGAAAAUUUAUGAAGCGAGCAUGACAUAACAAUAGCAUUUGUUUACGGGGGCACACUAAAUUGUUAAAUGGCAUGUACAUCUCCACUUUUACUUAUGCUUCUGCAUAAUAUCACUUUAAAGGUGUACAAUUAGAAAUUUGUUUUCUGAAUCUUAGUAGAUACUUUUUUACUGAUUUGUCAUAAGCAUAGUUAGAAACAAAGAUAACAACGUUUGUGUAAGGGGUGGUUUGUUAAAUUUAGUUGAAUGCUUGAUACAUGCAUUAAUAACGGCACAUAAUAACAAGAACAGAAAUGACAGAUUCAUGAAAAAAAAAAGAUGUACUGCAGUUUAAAAUAUUUUUGGAUCGUUUUGUGUACAAAACAUUGAAAAAAUAUAUUUUUAAGGACACUCAGUAGACAAAAAACUUGAGUUUUGUGGAAAAUCAGAUGGGAUAUUGGAGCUUUUUAUAGAUUUGCUCUGUGCAUGCCAUUGAAGAGAUGGUAAGUCUGUCCCUCAAAGCUUAAUUUCCAUUCAAACAUGGUGUUUGCUGUGAAUAAGGUCUAGACCAAUCCUGUUGUUUGCAAAAAUGUCAGCGCAUGUGCAGUAAAUUGUGGCAGAAAGCCUGCUGACUUAGUGUUCGAUUUUACAGAUUUGAUGAUUAAAAGAAAGUAUGACACAUAACCAUCAUAUAUCAUACAAACAUAUUCUUAGCUAUUGCAUUUCUAUAAUAAAUGAGUUAAUAACAAACAUGUAACCAUGUCCGCUACAAAAUUUUGCGUCAAAUUUGUGAGUUGUAAUGAUCUCCUCAGUCCAGUCAGCUCUUUUCAUGGCUUGAAGCCAGAGCAGUCAGCUAGAGUCCUCGGAAUCACUUUUCAACAACGUAAUCUGAUAAAAAUUUACUUUUUACACACGUUUUUUGCCACAACUUCCCUGUUUGACAUAAGUUGCAUUGGUCUAUUGCGUCAAGUCAUGCUAGAAAUCAAGUGACUAAGGGUCACAAUAUAGGCUAAAUUCUUUAGGCUACAUGCAUUCUUAAUGAUUUCAUUUAUAGUUUUAAUGUUGUAUUCACACAUAAAUUUUUUUUAAUUUUUAUUUUAUAAACAUAUCUUUAUUACGAGGAUUAACCCCUUGAGAUGAAGCAUCUCGUUUUCGAGGGGGUCCUCCAGUACAUCAAAGCAAAAAAGAACCAAAACAGCAGAGCAAAUAUCACGGUCAAAAACCGCACAACAAAACACAACAACACACACACACCAGCUCACAAUGCUCAACCCCACCCUACCCAACACGAUCCCUAUAGAUAACAUGAUAGAGAAACAACCACAUGACUAGCAUUGCACAAGGUCAAGGACUAAGAGUAAUACAAAAAGAAAAAAUAAAUUGAGGAUAAAAAUAACAAUAAUAAUAAAUAAAUGAAUAAAAAUGAAGACAUAAAAAUUAGAAUUAAUAAACACAUGACCAUUGAAGCCCAUGGUCAAACAAACAAAACUAGAAACAAAGACAAAUAUUCCGAAGAUUUUCCUCGAGAGCCCUUCGAAACGCUGUAAGUGAAGUUAAAGAACGGAUAAAAAGAGGAAGAUUGUUCCAAUCAUAUGGAGCCUUAAAACAAAAUGCAUACUUGCCUACUUGUUUUUUAACUCUAGGAACAACAAAAAAAAUCUGAUCAUUGUAUCGCAGGCUGUAUAGCGAAUUAUAAAGCACCAAGUGUUGCUUGAGAUAAACUGGAUAAUUCAAGUAAAAACUUUUAAAAAUAAACUGUAACCAGUGAGACUGUCUCCUGGCCGAAGGGGCCAACCAGGACAACUGUCUGUAUAACACACAGUGGUGUGUCCUGAAGGGACAACGGAGAACAAAACGGCAAAGACUGUUGUAGACCACAUCAAUGGAAUGCAAACAAGAAGCAGGAGAGUUCUGAUAAAUAAUGUCGGCAUAGUCCAAAAUAGGCAGAAGCAGCUGUAAGACUAUUCUUUUCCUGACCGGAAAAUUAAAACAUUUAACAGAUUGAUAAAGUAUUUUAAGACGAGAGUAAAGUUUGUUUGUCAAUGCUUGUACAUGAGUUUUGAAAGAUAAAUCAGUUUCCAACCAAACACCAAGAUAUUUAAAGGUCUCAGUUGACUCUAAAGGAGAGGAAUCAAGAAAACAAAGAUUAAGGUUGUUUUCACCUAUAUCCAAGGUUUUUCUAUGGAAUAAUAAAGAGUAGGACUUUGAUUUAUUAAGGAGAAGUUUAUUUGCCAAUAGCCACUGCUGUAUAGAAUUAAAGUCAUACUGUAAAGCGAGGUUUAUCCCGGAGAUAGUGGGUUUACUACAGUAAAUGACUGUAUCAUCGGCAUAAAGAUGAAUAUUACAGUCUGUACAACAUAAGGGCAUGUCAUUAACAAAAAUAGAAAAUAAUAAUGGUCCCAAAGAAGAACCUUGAGGGAUGCCUUUUACUAUACCUGUAUACUCUGACUGACAACCCCUGUAGGACACCCCCUGACGACGAUGAUGAAAAUAGCUAUUAAACCAG